AUGGUUAUGGGAGAUGAAGACAGAAAAACGGGAACGAGGGUAUUUAAAAAGACGAGCCCGAAUGGCAAAAUAACCACUUAUCUUGGAAAACGAGACUUCAUUGAUCGAGGGGAUUAUGUGGAUUUGAUUGAUGGAAUGGUUUUAAUCGAUGAUGAAUACGUAAAAGAGGGAAAGAAGAUUAUUGCUCAUUUGCUAGCUGCAUUCCGCUAUGGUCGAGAGGAUCUCGAUGUUUUGGGGUUGACAUUUCGAAAGGAUUUGAUAUCCCAACAAUUUCAGGUGUACCCACAGGAUGAAAAAACGCUACGACCGCUCACUCGAUUACAAGAACGUCUCAAGAGAAAACUAGGACCAAAUGCGUAUCCAUUUUGGUUCGAAGUUCUUCCGCGAAGUGCAUCGAGCGUCACAUUGCAACCGGCACCAGGAGAUACUGGCAAACCAUGCGGCGUCGAUUACGAGCUUAAAACAACGGUUGGAAUGAUCGAUCCAAACGGUGAAAAACCUAAAAAGCAGUAUGUCAACGGGAACAGCGUGCGAUUAGCAAUCCGAAAAUUGACGUAUGCUCCGUGGGAGCCGAGACCGCAACCAAUGAUCGAUGUCUCGAAAGACUUUAUGAUGUCGACAGGACUGCUUCAUAUGGAGGCUUCAUUAGACAAAGAAAUGUAUUAUCAUGGCGAAUCAAUUGCUGUCAAUGUACAUAUCCAGAAUAAUAGUAACAAAACAGUGAAGAAAUUAAAAGUUAGUGUCAUACAAAUAGCAGAUAUUUGCCUUUUUACAACCGCUUCUUACACCUGUGAAGUCGCCAAAAUUGACAGCAACGAGGGAUUCCCCGUCGGUCCUGGCGCCACGUUAUCAAAAGUUUUCUUGGUGUGCCCAUUACUACGCAAUAAUAAAGACAAACGCGGAUUAGCGCUUGACGGACAAUUGAAACACGAGGAUACGAAUCUGGCGUCGAGCACAAUACUUGACGGAAAAACGACAAAGGAGAAUUUGGGAAUUGUUGUUCAAUAUCGCGUUAAAAUCCGCGCCGCGAUUAGCGGUCUUGGAGGCGAAUUGUGCGCUGAAUUGCCUUUCACCUUGACGCACGCAAAGCCAGCUGAAACGCCGGAAAGAAAGGAUCGCAUUCUUAAUGAGAGACAGCCAGACAACAAUGGAUUGAAGGAAAACCAACUUGACAUCGACUUGAUUCAACUCAACGAUGAUCUGGAACUCAAAGAUGAUGAUGACUUGAUAUUUGAAGACUUUGCCAGGAUGCGAAUGCAGGGAGCUGAUAGUGAGGACCAUCCAUCGCCAACCAAUAAAAUCUCGUCGAGUUUCCGUUUGUCGUUCGACACCGAAAUUGCUGCAAUGCUUAAUAGUUUAUUUAUAGUUAACACAUCUGGUGAUGUUAUUCUCGAGAAACAUUGGAAAUCCGUAAUACAUCGAUCGAUAUGCGAUUAUUUCUUCGAUCUCCAAAAGAAGGCAAGCAGCCCUGAAGAUAUACCUCCGAUUAUAUCAACACCACAUCAUUUUCUGAUUAACGUGUACCACAAUCAAUUGUUUUUACUAGCUGUAGUCACUUGUGAAACACCUCCGCUUAUGGUCAUCGAGUUUUUGCACCGUGUUAUACAAACGUUUACUCAAUAUUUUGACGAAUUCUCGGACUCAUCAAUGAAAGAAAAUUGCGUUAUGGUUUUUGAGCUUCUCGAUGAGAUGUUGGAUAAUGGGUUCCCGCUAGUCACCGAGAUGAACAUACUACAAGAUCUUAUCAAACCUCCCAAUUUUCUGCGAAACAUCGCGAAUCAGGUUACUGGACGAACGAAUUUGUCGGAAACUCUGCCGACCGGUCAACUCUCAAACAUUCCAUGGCGACGACAGGGUGUCAAAUACACGAAUAAUGAAGCCUAUUUUGAUGUGAUUGAGGAAAUUGAUGUGAUUGUUGAUAAGCAGGGUUCGACAGUUUUUGCUGAAAUUCAAGGAUACAUUGACGUGUGUUGCAAAUUAUCAGGAAUGCCAGAUUUAACAAUGACGUUGAUCAACCCGAGAUUGCUCGAUGAUGUUUCAUUCCAUCCAUGUGUGCGCUACAAACGCUGGGAGAAUGAAAAGGUCCUUUCGUUUGUGCCACCUGAUGGCAAUUUCCGACUUCUAUCAUAUCACAUAGCUGCGCAGAACAUGGUUGCCAUUCCGAUUUACGUACGUCAUACGAUAAUAUUGAAACCGGUCGGAGGAAAAAUCGAGCUGACAGUUGGGCCGAAGCAAAGCAUGGGAAAAAUCCUUGAAGAUGUUGUUCUGGAAAUGAUAAUGCCAAAAGCCGUUCAAAACUGCAACGUAAUACCGACGCAUGGCAAAAUAAGCUUUGAUCCGAAUUCGAAACUGCUGCAUUGGAAUAUAGGAAAAAUCGAAGUUGGAAAACCGCCAAGCAUGAGAGGAAGCGUGUCAGUUAGUGGAACUGGUCAAGCGGAGAGCCCACCAAUUACUCUAAAGUUCAAGAUCAAUCAGAUGGCUGUUUCUGGAUUGAAGGUCAAUCGCUUAGACAUGUAUGGCGAAAAAUAUAAGCCAUUCAAAGGAGUGAAAUAUAUCACAAAAGCUGGAAAAUUCACACAUCGCACAUAA